AUGGGGGAGUUUGUCCUUCUGAAGCCGCUUUUCCCCGGAAAUGGUGAACUGGACGAAAUCAAUAAAAUUUUUACGGAACUUGGAACCCCAUCUGAUAGCAUAUGGGAAGGUUAUAGCGAACUUCCUGGUCCAAAAAUGAUGAAACUUGGCAACUUUCCUUACAACCAAUUACGGAAGAAGUUCCCUGCUGCCUUGAUGAACGAGAGCGGAUUCAAAUUGUUGAACAGGUUCUUAACUUACGAUCCCAAGCGACGUAUCACUGCAGAAGAAGCACUCACUGACAAGUGGUUCACGAUCCCAAGCCAACUCCGCCUGAGAUGUUUCCCGACAUUCCCAGCAAAGAGCGAGCAACAUCGUGCUCCUCCACCAAAAGGCGAUAAAGCGAACAAAAAAGCAGAGAUAAUCAAUCCUGAACGUGCAAAAUUGCUUGCUGACCUCAAAGUACGGCCGGAUCAAGUGACGUCCGGUUCAUUCUCAUUGAAAUUUGACAAGACCAGAUUUUAA